AUGUCGGUAUCCCGUUAUCCAGCUGAGGAGUCUAGUUCAAUGCCUAAGAGAGCCAAGAUGGGCAUCCCGUUAGUGUUAGGUUUUUCAGAUGAGGAAAAAGUUGGAACCAUACAGCCCCAUGAUGAUGCUCUAGUGGUUACGCUCAAAAUUGGUGAGUACGAUGUGAAAAGGGUGAUGAUCGACCAAGGCAGCGCUACUGACAUAAUGUACCUUGACUUGUAUAGGGGGCUAAAUUUGAAAUAUGAAAACUUGACAGCUUAUAGUUCUCCUCUGGUGAGUUUUGAGGGUAAAAUGGUUGUCUCGAAAGGUCAGAUCAGAUUACCUAUGCAGACCAUCACGGAUGUGGUGGAAGUGGACUUCAUUGUCAUGGAUGUUUUCUCUCCCUACACGGCCAUUAUGGGCAGACCCUGGCUUCAUACCCUAGGGACCGUCUCUUCUACUCUUCACUAG